AUGGCGAUGACCACCGGCUCAUCAACACCGACCCAGACCCAGAUGCCAUCGAGCUUCAAUCGCCAUCUGACCAACUUGGACUUCUCGAUCUUCAAGACAUACCUCGUCCGCUCCCUGACCGACCAGCUCGACAACAUCCUCGGCCCAAAGACCAUCAUCAUCGAUCCUGUCUUGGCCGGUCCACUCGGCUUGGUCACCCAGGUUGGAAAUCUCAAGGAGCAUGGUGUCGAUAAACUAUUUUGGCUCGAGAACGGCCCACUCGGGAAUGCCGGAACUGCCCAGAACAUCGUCUGGGUUUGCCAACCGAUGGUCAGCGCAAUGAAGUUGAUUGCACAACAGAUCCACUCGAUCCCCGCUCGCUCAUCGUAUUCCUACACGAUCUUGAUGACGCCUAGGGCCACCCAAAUAUCUAAGAACGCGUUAUCUGAAGCUGGUGUACUUGGAAGCGUCGACGUCAAAGAAUUUGAUCUGAAUUUUGUGCCAUUGGAGAAGGACGUAUUCAGUUUAGAAGAAGAAUUCGGUGGCUAUAGUCGAAUCUUCGCUGAUGGAGAUUUGAACCCGAUUUACAACAUGGCCCGAGCCAUUAUGACGAUCCAGCGAGCAUUUGGAUUGAUCCCUCGGCUGAUUGGUAAAGGAACUGCCUCACGAAAACUAGCCAGUCUGUUACACCGACUUAAGUCCGAAUAUGUAUCUUCACCAGGGCACGGUACAAGCAUGCCAAAAUUGACGCCUGGAUCAAUCGACUCUAUCAUCAUACUUGAUAGGCAACUGGAUAUGGUGACCCCUAUGUGUACUCAACUUACUUACGAAGGUCUUCUUGACGAGAUUUUUGGAAUCAAACACGCGCACAUCGAAGUUGCGCCCGAUUUAUUGGCUCCCUCUACGCCCGUCGCUGGCAAUACCGCCCACUCGAUCCCUUCUUCAUCCACCUCUCAAACCUUUCCACAGAUUGCCAAGCGGAAAAAACAUGUUCUCAGUUCAUCAUCAGAUCCCAUCUUCUCGGAACUUAGAGAUCAAAACUUCUCGAUCGUUGGGAACUCGUUGAACCGGAUCGCCAAAAGGAUCAAUAUGGAUUACGAAAGGCGCAACGAGGCUCGGACCGUUCAACAAAUCAGAGAAUUCGUCGGCAGGUUGCCCGAACUUCAAAAUGAGCACCAAGCUUUGAGACUACACACCGGAUUGAGCGAGCAAAUCAUGACAACUACAACUAGUGAUGAGUUCAACCAAACUUUGGAGAUACAACAAAAUUUGGUGGCUGGUCUAGAUUUAUCAGGGCAAGAGAAGGCGAUUGGUCAACUGAUAGACCAAGAAGUACCAUUACGAACGAUCUUGCGCUUGCUAUGUUUAUACUCUUCAGUAUCUGGAGGGAUCAAGCCCAAAUCAUUUGAAAACUUGAAGCGAGAUCUUUUACAGACAUAUGGCUAUCAACACGUGAACCUACUGAUCAAGCUAUCGAGUCUAUCCUUGUUGACGUCUACUGCGUCGGGAGGCUCGAGCUCGGUACCUGGGUCGAUCAUGUCAGGGAUGACCUUGAUCGGUGGUCGGUCAGGAUUUUCCGGGGCCAGGAAACCGCUGAAAUUGAUCGUCGAUGAACUGGAUGGACCUGAACCCAAUGAUAUCAGCUACAGUUAUUCUGGCUAUGCGCCUCUCAGCGUCCGGAUUAUCGAGUCUAUCUGUUUCAAUAAAUCCUUGGGCUGGAAGAGUUCUGUCGAAGAACUUUUGAAGAGCUUCCCCGGCGAGGCCUUCGAUGAGCGACAAAUUGAUGCUGAUGGAUCAGAUGCAACAUCAAUAGACCCUCCCAUUCCAACGACGAUUGUUUGCUAUUUGGGAGGAAUAACUUAUGCUGAAAUCUCUUCCUUAAGGUUCACUUUCAGUAACCAUAACCAAAACUCAAGCAAUAAACGAAAAUUGAUCAUCUUAACUACUGGGAUUAUCAACGGUAAUCAAGUCUUGAGCUCCUUGAUGCCUGUCGAAACUCGCAAUUAA